GCAAUAUUGAUCAUCAUCAUUUUUGUCGUUUUUAUCAUCCAAAUUAAAUAUUAUAUGCCUUGGGGAGAAAAAAAUAAUAAUAUUCAAUUAUUUAGUGGCCAGAAGUAAAUAAAGUAAUUCCCUUCUUCCGUCUUUCUACUAAAUGGUCACGAAAGAGGCUUCCCAAACAUCCCACUGGUAUGUAGGACCCCAUAACAAUUCGCAAAAACACUAUUAUCGUCGUAACACAUUCGACAAAGCCAUCGUGUACGUUUCUACGACCGCUCCUUCUGUUCCUCACUCCAAAAUGGCCAACAAAUUUUCUUUCGGCAAAGCGGCCCCUAUCGCCGCCAAAACCCAUUCUUCUCACGCGUAUUCCUAUCAAUCCUCUCGCCCCCCGAACCCAUCCCUAUAUUCCCAGAAACCCGUUAUUCCCUUUAAGGAAAAUAAUCAUCCCAACUACCCGAUGACCAUAAUACCUCUCACGAAUCUCACUAAAUACGUAGGCGAAAAUGCCCGUUUUAAAUGUCAACUUAACCCCGAAUCUCGGACGACUCCUCCUGACAAGAAAUUGAGGUUCAAAUGGUUCAAGAACGAGGCGCCCUUGCUUUACAACCACGAUGACGGCUUGGAUUACGAGUCCCGCAAAAAGGAAUCUUCCAAGGAUUUUUACUAUUCGGAUGCCCUUGCUCGAUCUCGAAGGAGUGGGAGAUCGGUUAAAGAUGACAAGGAUCUAGAUCCCGAUCACGGGCACCACAAAAGGUACGCAGGGGACGAAGGUUACGAAGAUUCGGCCAAUUAUAUUUCGGACAAGGACAAAUAUUCGAUCAAAAAUGCCGGAAAAUAUUCAAUCUUGAGGCUGAGAAAUUUGGAGAUUUAUGACAGAGGGUUUUACAGAUGCGAAGUGGACGACGGGGCUAAACGAACGCAAUCAACGGGAUGGCUCUACGUUAAUCCAGAUGAAAAUCCUCUGAAUCUCAAUAUAGUGAUCCCAAAGUACCCAGAAUUAAAUUUCGACGGCAAUUUCCCGAUCAAAGAUGAAGAAAGUAAUCCCCCCCACCAAGGCAACAACGAUGAAGAUAACGAAAUAAACAAUUCCGAAAUCCUCGAGGACAAAAUACUGAACGAGCAAAAUGAGAAGGUGCACAAAGCUCUGUCCUUCGAUUUGACCCACCAUAUGUCGGGGCGAUGUGAACCGUACGCGGGGAGGAUUUGCGCCUCCGUAUUUGCCAAGUACGACUCCCGAAAGAACCCCGGAGUUGGGGCGUUAGGAGACGGGGUUGAAGGAACGAAUCCGGUGUUUAUUAAAGGAGUCCUAACACAGUUGGAACUGGAGAACCAUUUGAAGGGAAUCCUGGAACUGAUCGAAAACAAUUUCAACGACAAAAUGUCCCCGGAAUGCGCCAAAUUUAAACUACCUCUCAUGUGCUUUAAAACCUUUCCGCCAUGUAUCACCGAUUCGGUCGCUAUACCCUCGCAAACAUACAAUAGAAUUCACGCUAAAUCACCCGCCGACGACAAUCGUCUACCGCGUCCCCGACUUCUGUGCAAGGACGAAUGCUUAGCGUUGCAGAACGGUGUAUGCCAGACCGAGUUUGGAUUGGCCAAAUCUUACAAGGGCAUAAAAAAUCACCUGCAAACUUGCGACAUUUUACCCGAAGUGGCGACACCACCGCACCCUGUCGAAAAGAUCGAUAAUAUCGACACGAAAAUUCUUCCCAAUUCUCCGACAGAGACCGAGGACUGUCUCAGAUUGGGUGUUAUCGAGAGAGACGACGAUAGGUCGCCAGUUAAACCUAUCGCUGCCAAUUAUAUUAUAGGGGCGGGAGCCAAAACAUUUCCGCCCGAAAACGCAGCUGAAAUCGUUCUCCCCUACGUAACCGCCAAUAACAUGGAAAUUCCGCCGUCGAAAUUCGUUAAUAACGGUGACCGUCCGCUGAACGUCGUCGGCGAUAGCAACCUGACAAAAAACUUGAUGAUAAUCUUACCCAGCGUAGGUCUAGUAUUAGCGUUGUUCAUAUUUAUCCUCCUGGGAUGCUGGUACCAAAACAGGCGCCUGAGAGCGGGAUCAAAAAAUUCUCCCCAAAUCCGCGGUUCCAAUAUCAGCAUCAACCAUUACAAAGAUGAUAAGUCAAAUAACAAUUACGAAAAAAGUAGCAGUUUCCCUUAUUACAACGCCUCCGAGAUUAUCCCGCUGAAAUAUUCGGCGAACGGGUUUUCCAAACCGGAUAACGUUGUUGACAAUUUCUACCACGAGACGCGCUCGAAUAUAAGCAACAACCAAAGUAGUAAUCCAUCUACGGAUAAUAAUUUGAUGGAAAUUCCGUUCGAGCGGCUGAACAUACUUCAGGAGAUAGGAGAAGGAGUUUUCGGUAAAAUAUACAAGGGUGAAUUCAAAACCAAGGAAGAUUUUAGGGUUUGCGGCGGGAAUGGGUGCACUACUCCAGUUAUGAAUAAACUCCCUGUCAUAGUGAAAUCCUUGAAGCCAAUCAACAACGUCUAUCUAAAAAGGGAGUUCGAAAAAGAUAUUGACACAUUGUCCAAACUGAAGCAUCCAAAUGUAUCGUGCUUGAUAGGUAUAUGUAAGCAAAAUACGUCCAAUAACGUCCAUCAAAACAUAAUGUUUUCGGUUUUCGAGGAUUCGAUUAACUGCGACCUCCACGAAUUUCUUUUGCUGAGAUCCCCUAACUCCGACGUCGGUUCCUCUUGUCAUAGCGAUUCAACGCAUCACAGAGACAUGAUGUUGGACCAAACAGAUUUUCUCUACAUAUCGACGAAGAUAGCCGAAGGAAUGAGAUACCUAUCCGACCAAGGAAUCAUUCACAGAGACCUGAGCGCGCGAAAUUGCGUGGUUAGUCAGAACCUGUCCAUCAUCAAAAUAUGUAACGUGGGUGGGUUCAUCUCUCACGUUUUUUACUCCAACGAUUAUUGCUUCUUUACCAAUUACGAUCAAGAUUUGAUAGACACUACCAUGGAUUUGAAUCCGGAUAUCGGUGGCGGUAAUAACGACUCCGACCCUUGUAAAUUGAGCGAUUGGGAAAAGGCGUCCUCUGGGCGUUGUCGGAACAAAUACCCGAUUCCGAUAAGGUGGAUGCCUCCCGAAGUCAUCGAAUAUCGCAAAUACAGUUUAGAAACUGACCUAUGGAGUUUCGGCAUUUUACUAUGGGAAAUUUACAGCUACGGUCUUAGACCAUUCUAUGGAUACAGAGACGUAGAAGUGGCAGAUCUGAUAGUCAGGAAACGUUACUUACUUAACAAACCUUCCGAUUGUCCGGGCUAUAUCUACGAAAGCAUAAUGUUGCCCUGCUGGGAUGAUUCUCCCUUUAGGAGACCUCCAUUUAAGACUAUCUUAACUAGAUUUCAAUCCUUGCAAAUACGCGGGAAAUUAUUAUCGAUAAAUUCUAAGAGCGCUCGGAUGGGCCAGGCUAAUAGCGCGAACGAUAAAAAUUCUCUUAAUAAUCUCAGCAACGAAAGCGGAAGUGGCCGUCACAGGGGUAGUGUUAAGAUAAGCGGUAACGACAAAAGCGGAAAGCAGCGCUCUGCCACGGAGGCGGUAAGAAAGGGGGAAAACUCUCGCUCCUCCGAAUCCUACCAAGAAGAGCGCGUAGACGUAUUGGCAUCGUCUUUCCUAAAUGACCAUCGUUAUCACGCACCGCAAGCAUCCCAUAUGGUAUCAUCCAAAGUGUCACCGCCCUCGGUCAACAUCAUACAGAACAUUAGACCCAGCAACGGGAUGCCCUUUAAUAACGUCGCCCAAUACCCGAGAUGUUCGCCAUCUCACGAAAUCGCGAAAGGGGGGGCCGAGUUUACUAGGCACCCGUCGCAACAAGCCGAGUUUUUUAAACAUGGCGGUUAUUUGGUCGACGAUUUGCCGCCACCGCCUAGAAACGCUUUACUCAAUUAUUUCAAGUACCCCCCGUCGCAAUCAACGACCGAUGAUAACAACAAUUAUUUAGAACACACUUCGUUCAAUUCGCAACUGAAGAACAACGCAAUUUUCGCCAACGACAAAACGCACCAAAACACCGCCUCGAGCCAGGGCAAUGGCGAACCGAACAUUAAUUUGGGCGUUUACGAAUCUAUCAAUGAUAUAGGGGUGUUCGGGAGAUGAAGGAUUUGGCAAUAUUCUUAUAUUCUUAAACUCUAAAACCCAUAUAAAAAAAAAUUGAAUUUGGAAAAGAGUAAAUAAGUUUCAUAAAUUCCGCAGUUUAUAAACUUUUCCGACAUGGCAAAAAAUGGCCAUAUACUUAUUUUUCCACGCGAACACAAAACAAAAAAAGACAAGUUUCAUUUUAUGAUGUACACAGCCCGAAUUCAUCCAGAAAAAGCUGCGCGUUCAUAGGAGCAUCUUUAAAAACAAAAAACUAAUAUAUAAUUAUAAAUGCAAAUUGUAAUAAUAUUUUCUUCUCUUCUCUUCUCUUCUCUUCAUACCUUUUUAUAAACAAGAUUAUUUCCGAUUUUCAUUUUUUUUGCGCGGACUGAAGUUGUUUUUUUAUUGUAAAUAUUUUUCAAACAUAAUU